CAAUUGACAUUUUGUCACAACAUAACCCUCUUCCUCUAAAAACCGUGUAAAUUGGAUAUCGAGCAUCAACGUCGAUUGUUUGCAAUUAUUUAUAAAUUUUAUUUAAUUUGUAAAUCAUAUAUCCAUCAAAAUGAGUAGAAACUACGCCGAAGAUCAAUCUAAUGAAAUUGAAGCACUAGACUCCAUUUAUUGCGGUGAUAUGGAGAUUCUGGAAACAACACCCUUGCAUAAAUUCCAAAUACCAAUUGCCACCGAAGAAUUCUCUGCCGAUGAGGAAAAUGGACUUUCCUGCAAUCUUGUCUUCACUUACACUGCCAAAUACCCCGACGAAGGUCCAAUUGUUGAAAUCGAAGAUGCAUUCAAUUUUGAGGAUUCAUACGAACGUCUCUUGUUGGAACACAUACAAGCCACAAUCGAAGAACACCUCGGCAUGGAAAUGAUAUUCUCUUUAGUUAGUAGUGCUCAGGAAUGGCUAAACGAACGAUGGGACGAUCACAAGAAAGAACAAGAAAACGAAACAGCUCGCAAAUUGUACGAAAGUGAAGAAGCCGAACGCAAGAAAUUCGAAGGAACUCGUGUGACGGUGGAGACUUUUAUGAAAUGGAAAAUGGAAUUUGAAGAAAGUACUGGAAUUGCAGCUAAGAGAGAAAAGAUUCUGAGCGAUGGCAAGAAACUUACUGGCAAAGAAUUGUUCCUUUGUGAUAAUACUCUCAACGAAUCUGAUAUUAAGUUUCUUUUGGAAGCUGGUGAAUCGAUUGAAAAUGUUAAAAUCGAUGAGACUUUGUUUCAGAGUAUUGGCGAUUUGGAUUUAGGUGAUGAUCUGGAAUCGGAUGAUGACGAUGAGGAUUAUGUUCCUGGUAAAGAUGAUUAAAUUUAAAAAUUAAGGGGGAAUAAAAAUAAUUUUGUUAUUAAUA